AAGUGCAAGCGCAAGCGCAAGAAUAUCAAAAUUUUUUGAUAUUUUUUGCGGUUGCGUCGCGCUUGCGGCACUAUUGCGUCACAUUUUUGUAAUGUGAACGUGAGUCGCAAGGUGCGCAAGAAAACUUAAAACUUUUUCAAACAAAUCAAGUGAAGGAAGAAGUGAACAGGGAGUGGUGGAAUCAAAAAUGUCGACUGAAAGUGAAGAAAGACUCGCAGAAGCAGUAAGAAAAUAUCCUGCUUUGUAUGACAAGCAAGAUAAAAAUUUCAGAGAUAAAAACAAAAAAAGAUUAGCUUGGGCAGAUGUGGCAAAAGAACUUAACAUACAGAAUGUUACCGAAGUCGAAAAAGCUUUUCGAAACUUGAGAAGCAAGUAUGGGAAAGCGAAAAAGAAGUGGAACUCUUUAAACAAAAGUGGAGCUGGUGCAAAAGAAGCGAGACGUCCUCCUCUUCUCGAAGUGCUAGGGUGGUUGGAACCAUAUAUCGUAGAAAGAGGCACAUCAUCCAAUUGGAGCACCAGUGAAUCUGUGGCACAAGAAGAAGAUGACGACAGGGAAUUAUUCGAAGGAGAACAGUUUGACCAGGAAGAAGAAGAUGGAGAUAUAGAGGAAGAUGGAGGAAAUGACGGUGACAACGAGUCAGUGAUAUCGGAACCAGUAACAAACCCACCACCUCUUCCGUCCAACAAAAGUAAACAAAACGUUUCGGAUGUCACGGGAAGACAAAAAUUCCAAAAGGGCGCAACUAAAAGGAAGGCAGAGUUGGAGACUGACUUAAUGUAUAAGUUGAGAGACAAACUUAGUUCAAGUAACACCGACGCCAAAGAUGACGAUCAGCUUUAUGGUGAUUUACUCGCCACAAAACUGAGAAAACUAAAGAAAAUAAGUAAGAUCAAGGCUUAACAUGAGAUAGACAACAUUAUGUUUAGAUUCGAGCUUGAAGACGAGGAGAACGCGGUACCUGAUCGACAGGCCCAAGCACAAGAAAAUUCUUUACAAAGGAUGCAACAACAGCAAUUAUUAAACCAUCAAGAGGUUUUGAGAAGCCCCCCACUAACUCCCUUUACCCCCAUUGAGGCGUCAAGCCCUCUCUACCAGCCUCUUAAUAAUCAAAGAAAUUUACCCAGUAUCGAUUCAUUUCGAAAAAACUUUCAACUACAAAACGGUACCUAUGUCAACAUGCUAGAAAAUGAUUCACAAGAUCCGAUGGCAAAUGGUCAUAUGUUCAGGCGAAUGAGAGGAGAUAUGGGUAACUGAGAAGAACUAUAUGUUUUUAUAUUUCUUAUUAGGCAUAAAAUUUUGAAUAAAG